CAAAGGAAAACUAUGGAUGCCUUUAAAUCAUUAUAAUCAGUGACCUUGAAGAACAGGUAUAAAAGCCUGCAUCUAGCAGAAUCCUGACAGUUUCCUUCUUUACUAUUCAGGACUAGAUCUUCUUCUUCUUUCUUUGGGCUACGCCACCUUGAUAACUUGCCAAGAUGAUGGACAUGUCAGAAUUCGGGGAGGCUGCGCCCUUCCUCAGGAAGACCGAGAACGAGCUGAUGAAAUUACAAACUGUGGCAUUUGAAGGGAAGAAGAAAUGUUGGAUUCCUGAUGAUAAGAAAGCAUAUGUUGAAGCUGAGAUUAAAGAGUGCUUCGGUGGCAAAACCACAGCUGAGACUGUGGAUGGAAAUACCGUCACUUUAAAAGAUGAUGAUGUGCAGGCCAUGAACCCCCCGAAGUUUGACAUGAUUGAGGACAUGGCAAUGCUGACCCACCUUAAUGAGGCAUCUGUGCUGUACAAUCUGAGAAGACGCUACAGCAACUGGAUGAUUUAUACCUAUUCAGGUUUAUUUUGUGUGACUAUAAACCCCUACAAAUGGCUUCCAGUCUACAAGCCAGAGGUGGUGGGAGCAUACAAGGGAAAGAGACGCUCUGAAGCCCCUCCUCACAUCUUCUCCAUUGCAGAUAAUGCGUACAAUGACAUGUUGCGCAAUCGAGAGAAUCAGUCUAUGCUGAUCACUGGAGAAUCUGGUGCCGGCAAGACUGUCAACACUAAACGUGUCAUUCAGUACUUUGCCACAGUAGCAGCUAUUGGUGAGCCUGGUAAAAAGAGUCCAGCCACCAGGACUGGGGGAACCUUGGAAGAUCAAAUCAUCCAAGCAAACCCAGCUUUAGAAGCCUUUGGGAAUGCCAAAACGCUAAGAAAUGACAACUCUUCACGUUUUGGUAAAUUUAUCAGAAUCCAUUUUGGAACCACAGGCAAGCUGUCAUCUGCUGAUAUUGAAAUAUAUUUACUUGAGAAAUCCCGAGUGAUUUUCCAGCAGCCAGGUGAAAGAUGUUAUCACAUUUUCUACCAAAUCCUAUCAGGAAAGAAAGAAGAACUCCAGGAUAUGUUGCUGAUAUCUACCAAUCCCUAUGACUUCCACUUUUGUUCACAAGGCGUGGUUACUGUGGACAACUUGGAUGAUGGAGAAGAGUUGAUGGCAACAGAUCAAGCCAUGGACAUCCUGGGUUUUAUUCCUGAUGAAAAGUAUGGUGCCUACAAAAUGACAGGUGCAAUCAUGCACUUUGGAAACAUGAAAUUUAAGCAAAGACCCAGAGAGGAGCAGGCAGAGGCUGAUGGCACUGAAAAUGCUGACAAAGUUGCUUACCUGAUAGGUAUUAACUCCUCUGACUUGGUUAAGGGAUUGCUGCACCCCAGAGUAAAAGUUGGAAGUGAGUACGUCACCAAAGGUCAAAGUGUUGAACAGGUUGUGUAUGCUGUUGGAGCUUUAUCCAAGGCAAUAUAUGAUCGAAUGUUCAAGUGGCUAGUGGUGCGCAUUAACAAGACCUUGGACACUAAACUGCCAAGACAGUUCUUCAUUGGAGUCUUGGACAUCGCUGGAUUUGAAAUCUUUGAUUAUAACAGUUUUGAGCAACUUUGCAUCAAUUACACAAAUGAAAAACUACAACAGUUUUUCAAUCAUCACAUGUUUGUCUUGGAACAAGAAGAGUAUAAAAAGGAAGGCAUUGAAUGGGUGUUCAUUGAUUUUGGCUUGGACCUUCAGGCUUGCAUUGACCUAAUUGAGAAGCCAUUAGGAAUCCUGUCUAUCCUUGAAGAGGAGUGCAUGUUCCCAAAGGCUACUGAUAUGACAUUCAAAGCCAAACUCUAUGACAACCAUCUUGGCAAGUCACCCAACUUCCAGAAACCCAGACCUGAUAAGAAAAGGAAAUAUGAAGCUCACUUUGAACUUCUUCAUUAUGCUGGUGCAGUGCCCUAUAACAUCAUUGGCUGGCUUGAGAAGAACAAAGACCCACUUAAUGAAACAGUAGUGGGCACUUUUCAAAAGUCCUCCAACAAACUUCUGUCCUGCCUCUUUGAAAACUACGUCAGUGCUGACAGCGAUCAGAGUGGUGAAAAGAAACGCAAGAAAGGUGCUUCCUUCCAAACAGUGUCAUCAUUACACAAAGAAAAUUUAAAUAAACUGAUGACUAACCUGAGAUCUACAGCUCCUCACUUUGUGCGAUGUAUUAUCCCCAAUGAAACUAAAACUCCAGGUGAAAUAGAUGCUUUCCUUGUCCUGCAUCAGCUUCGCUGUAAUGGUGUGCUGGAAGGAAUCCGUAUUUGCCGUAAGGGGUUUCCAAACAGAGUGCUUUAUGCUGACUUUAAACAAAGAUAUCGCAUUCUGAAUCCAGCUGCAAUUCCUGAGGAUAAGUUUGUAGAUAGCAGAAAAGCUUCUGAGAAGCUGCUGAGUUCUUUAGAUAUCGAUCAUAAUCAGUAUCGUUUUGGACACACUAAGGUAUUCUUUAAGGCUGGGCUCCUGGGUCAUCUUGAAGAGAUGAGGGAUGAGAGACUAGCAAAGAUCCUAACAAUGAUCCAGGCAAGAGCACGUGGCAAGCUAAUGAGAGCCGAGUUCCAGAAGAUGGUGGAGCGAAGGGAUGCCCUUCUUGUGAUCCAGUGGAACAUUAGAGCUUUCAUGGCUGUGAAGAACUGGCCUUGGAUGAAGCUGUUCUUUAAGAUCAAGCCACUCCUGAAGUCUGCAGAAACUGAGAAGGAAAUGGCCAACAUGAAGGAAGAGUUCUUGAAGCUAAAGGAGGCCUUGGAAAAGUCAGAAGCCAGGAGGAAGGACCUUGAAGAAAAGCAAGUGUCUCUGGUUCAGGAGAAGAAUGACUUGCUCCUUCAGUUGCAGUCUGAACAAGAUACUCUGUCAGAUGCAGAAGAACGAUGUGACUUGCUGAUUAAAUCCAAGAUCCAGCUGGAGGCAAAAGUCAAAGAGCUGACAGAGAGAGUGGAAGAUGAGGAGGAAAUGAACUCUGAACUGACGUCAAAGAAGAGAAAACUAGAAGAUGAGUGCUCUGAACUGAAGAAAGAUAUUGAUGACCUUGAAAUAACUCUAGCUAAAGUAGAGAAAGAGAAACAUGCUACUGAAAAUAAGGUCAAAAAUCUGACAGAAGAAAUGGCAGCUGUUGAUGAGUCCAUCAGCAAACUCACUAAAGAGAAGAAAUCUUUGCAAGAAGCUCACCAGCAAGCUCUGGAUGACCUACAGGCAGAGGAGGACAAGGUCAAUGCACUGAGCAAACUGAAACUGAAACUGGAGCAGCAGGUGGAUGAUCUGGAGGGCUCACUUGAACAGGAGAAGAAGGUGAGGAUGGAUCUAGAAAGGGCCAAACGUAAACUGGAAGGAGAUCUGAAGCUGACCCAAGAGAGUGUCAUGGAUUUGGAGAAUGAUAAGCUGCAGCUGGAAGAAAAGCUAAAGAAGAAAGAAUUUGAAGUUAAUCAACUGAGUUCCAAGAUCGAGGAUGAGCAAGCUUUAGUGGUACAACUCCAGAAGAAGAUCAAGGAGCUUCAGGCUCGUAUAGAGGAGCUAGAAGAGGAGCUGGAAGCGGAAAGAGCUGCUCGAGCCAAGGUGGAGAAACAGAGAUCAGAACUGGCUCGAGAGCUGGAGGAACUGAGCGAACGGCUAGAGGAGGCUGGGGGAGCCACCGCUGUCCAGCUGGAGAUGAACAAGAAACGAGAGGCAGAGUUUCUGAAGCUGCGGCGGGACCUUGAGGAGGCCACUCUGCAUUAUGAGGCCACAGCUGCCACCCUAAGGAAGAAGCAUGCAGACAGCAUGGCAGAGCUGGGGGAGCAUCUGGACAACCUACAGCGGGUCAAACAGAAAUUGGAGAAAGAGAAGAGUGAGCUGAAGCUGGAGGUGGACGACCUAUCAUCCAACAUGGAGCAGAUGGUCAAGGGAAAAACAAAUGCAGAGAAGCUUUGUCGCACAUACGAAGACCACUUGAAUGAGACAAAGGCUAAGCUGGAUGAAAUGACCCGUCUUGUGAAUGACCUCACCACCCAAAAAGCAAAGCUGCAGACUGAGAAUGGUGAAUUUGCAAGACAGCUAGAAGAGAGAGAGUCAUUGAUAAGUCAACUUUCCAGAGGGAAAACGUCCUUCACUCAACAGACUGAAGAACUGAGAAGACAGCUAGAAGAAGAGACCAAGUCUAAGAAUGCCCUGGCUCAUGCGGUGCAAGCUGCCAGACAUGAUUGCGAACUCCUGCGGGAGCAGUUUGAGGAGGAACAAGAAGCCAAGGCAGAGCUUCAGCGAGCUCUGUCCAAGGGAAAUGCAGAAGUAGCGCAAUGGAGGACAAAAUAUGAAACUGAUGCCAUUCAAAGAACAGAGGAACUGGAAGAUGCCAAAAAAAAACUCGCAGCUCGCCUGCAGGAAGCUGAAGAAGCGAUUGAAGCAGCUAAUGCCAAGUGCUCUUCUCUGGAGAAGACAAAGCACAGGCUGCAGAAUGAGCUGGAGGAUAUGAUGAUUGACUUGGAAAAGUCCAAUUCUGUUGCAGCAGCGCUAGACAAGAAACAGCGCAGCUUUGACAAGAUCAUCAGUGACUGGAAGCAAAAGUAUGAAGAGUCACAGGCAGAGCUUGAAGCUUCCCAGAAGGAAGCCCGCAGCCUCAGCACAGAGCUCUUUAAGCUGAAGAAUGCCUAUGAAGAGACACUGGAUCACCUGGAGACAGUAAAAAGGGAAAACAAGAACCUCCAAGAGGAAAUUUCUGAUCUGACUAAUCAGAUUAGUGAAGGAAACAAGAGUCUUCAUGAGAUUGAGAAGAUCAAGAAACAGGUUGAACAAGAAAAGUCAGAGGUUCAGCUAGCCCUGGAAGAAGCUGAGGGAGCCCUGGAGCAUGAAGAAAGUAAAACUGUUCGUUUUCAACUUGAACUUUCCCAAAUUAAAGCAGAGUUUGAAAGAAAACUGGCAGAAAAGGAAGAGGAACUGGACAACAUAAGGAGAAACCAGCAGCGUACCAUAGACACCCUACAGUCCACCCUUGAUGCAGAAGCCAAGAGCAGAAAUGAGGCUAUCCGACUGAAGAAGAAAAUGGAAGGAGACCUCAAUGAGAUGGAAAUCCAGCUCAGUCAUGCCAACAGGCAUGCCAGUGAAGCAACAAAGUCUGCACGUAUCCUGCAGGCACAAAUCAAGGAAUUGCAGGUGCAGCUUGAUGAUUCCAGUCAUCUGAAUGAAGACCUGAAGGAGCAGCUAGCAGUGGCUGACAGGAGAAACAACCUUCUGCAGGCAGAGCUUGAUGAGCUGAGGGCUUUGCUAGACCAGACUGAGCGUGGGCGUAAACUGGCAGAGCAAGAGUUACUUGAAGCCACUGAGCGUGUGAACCUUUUGCAUACACAGAACACAAGCUUAAUUGGUCAGAAGAAGAAGCUGGAGGCAGACAUCAGUCAGAUGCAGAAUGAAGUAGAGGAGGCAAUACAGGAGUGCAGGAAUGCUGAAGAAAAAGCCAAGAAAGCAAUCACUGAUGCAGCAAUGAUGGCUGAGGAGCUUAAAAAAGAGCAGGAUACUAGCGCUCACUUGGAACGAAUGAAAAAGAACAUGGAGCAGACUAUUAAAGACCUACAGAAGAGACUGGAUGAGGCAGAACAAAUAGCCCUGAAAGGUGGCAAGAAGCAGAUCCAGAAACUGGAAUCCAGGGUUCGUGAGCUGGAAAAUGAACUCGAGAAUGAACUCCGUCGCAAUUCAGAUGCUCAGAAAGGUGUCCGCAAGUUUGAAAGACGCAUAAAAGAGCUGACUUAUCAGUCAGAGGAAGACAAGAAGAACCUGGCCAGGAUGCAGGAUCUAAUUGAUAAACUGCAAUUAAAAGUGAAAAGCUACAAGCACCAAGCUGAGGAAGCUGAAGCACAAGCCAAUAUGUACCUGGGAAAAUACAGGAAACAGCAACAUGAACUGGAUGAUGCUGAAGAAAGGGCUGAAAUAGCUGAAUCCCAGGUUAAUAAACUGAGGACCAAGACAAGAGAUAUUGGCAUUAAAAAGGUUCAUGAAGAAGAAUAAAUGCACUGUGCUUUGCUGAAAUGAAGACCAGAGACGUGUUUGGUGCAUUGUAAAAUCAGCUACACAACUGAAAGCAAAAUAAACCAGGCAUCUAAAGAAAUAAAUAUAUUCAAACUCAAAA